AUGAUUUACAAGUUUGCUCUCAUCCUAUGGAUCGUCACGACUCUUGCCGUCUCAGCCUGCGUUUCCACAAAGUGCAAGAAGACCGGAACUCUCACAGAAUGCCUUACGAGAAUAAAGUUCGACCUAAUUACCAUAGGCUUCUUUUUCUUCGUUCUCUCGAUGUUGAUCUUUUUCUUGCUAACCUGCAUACUGGUUGCUAGACAAUGGAGAUCGCGCAGAAUCAGAGCUCAAAUAAUGAUCGAAGACGCUCGGAAUUUUAAUAGCGACUUCUUCUCCGAUUUAAAUGGAAUGGGACGGCAUGACGUCUACCUAGUCAACGAAGAAGAGGACUUCAAUCAGCUAGAAAGAGGAGUGGCCGACCGAGAGAACCAUGGAGGUCCAAAGCAGGAUAUGGCUGAUAAACAAGAAAUGGCCACGAAAAAGAAGGACCCAGUCCACCGAAGACGCCCCUAUGUGCUGAUUUCCAAGGAAAAAGUAAAGGAAUUGGUGGAGCUGGCGGCGAUAGUGAAAAUUGUGUACCCAGAGAGUGUUCUCCUCACCAUCAAUGAUUAUGAUAUUGUAAAUAUCUCACAAUCGUAUGCCAUCGAAAACAUGAGAAUUUACGGGCCUUCGAACGAUAGAACAAUUCGGAAAUUGAGAAAACUCGUGAAAGCGAUAAGGAAGGCUGGACUUGAUGAGGUUCGAUUUUUUUUUGAAUAUCGAAGUAUCUCUUAG